GCGUCAGCGGCAGGACCACGUGUACUGUGUUGACUGUCAAAGUCUCUGGGAUCCUGAAAUCCGGAAGCAGUGAGUUCUGAGAGAAAUUUUUCACUCGAGUCCCCCAAGUCUGCGAAUCCCCAACUAUGAGCUCCCCGAGCGUGCUGUCCUUUACCCAGCAAGGCUGGGAACAGGUGCUGGCCAAAGUGAAACGGGCCGUGGUCUACCUGGAUGCUGCCUGCGCCGAGAGUCUGCACUGGGGCUGCGGAUCUACGCGGCUCCUGGAGGCGGUAGGGGGUCCUGCGUGUCACCUGCGGGAGUUUGAGCCCGGCGCAGUGGGUGGCGGAGCCGAACAACCCAAGGCGGUGUUCGUGCUGAGUUGUCUACUGAAAGGCCGGACCGUGGAGACCAUACGAGACAUCGUCUGCCGCAGUCAUUUCCAGUAUUGUGUGGUGGUCACCGCCGUGAGCCAUGCUGUUCACCUCACCGCUAACCACGUGCCAGCAGCUGCAGCGGCCGAGCUGGAGGGGCAGCAGCCUGUGUUCGAACAGCUGGAGGAGAAACUGUGUGAAUGGAUGGGCAACAUGAACUAUACGGCUGAGGUGCUGCACGUCCCGUUGUUGCUUGCCCCUGCAGCUCCUCACCUUGCCUUGACUCCAGCCUUUGCUUCCCUUUUCCCACUGUUACUCCAGGAUGUGCAUCUCCUUAAUAGUGCCCGACCGGACAAGAGGAGGCUGGCAAGCCUGGGCGAGGUGGAUUCAACUGCCCUGACCCCAGAGCUGCUGCUGCAGAUCAGGUGCCUGGUGUCAGGCCUCAGUUCCCUCUGUGAGCAUUUAGGGGUACGAGAGGAGUGUUUUGCUGUGGGUUCCCUCAGUCGGGUCAUUGCUGCAGAUCUGGCUAAUUAUGCCCCUGCCAAGAACAGGAGGAAGUCUGCUGUAGGCCGGGCAUCAGUAGUGUUUGUGGACAGAACUCUGGAUCUCACAGGAGCGGUUGGACACCAUGGGGACAACUUCGUGGAGAAGAUCAUUUCAGUGCUCCCCCAGCUUCCAGGCCACACGAACGAUGUGAUGGUCAACAUGGCAGAGCUCACCGCACUCCAGGCUGACGAGGACAAUCAAGACAUGGUGGCACCAGGCUGUCUCGCACAACCCAAUGACUCUGCAGCCAAAGCCCUGUGGGAAGCGUUACUGAACACCAAGUGCAAAGAGGCGGUGAUGGAAGUUCGGAGACACCUAGUGGAAGCAGCGAGCAGAGAGAACCUGCCCAUCAAGAUGAGCAUGGGGAGAGUCACGCCAGGCCAGCUCACAUCCUACAUUCAGCUCUUCAAGAACAACCUCAGCGCUCUAAUGAAUCACUGUGGGCUCCUACAGCUGGGGCUGGCCACGGUUCAGACUCUGAAACACCCGCAGACAGCCAAGUGGGACAACUUCCUGGCUUUCGAAAGGCUCCUUCUCCAGAGCCUGGGGGAGUCAGCGAUGUCUGUCGUGUUAAGUCAGCUGCUGCCCUUGAUCAAGCCUGCAGCCCGGAGGACCAAGGAUGACUACAGCCCUGAGGAACUGCUGAUCCUCCUCAUAUAUAUCUAUUCUGUCACUGGAGACUUCCCCGUGGACGAGGACCUGGGUGAGACAGAAGAAAAGGUCAAGAGAGCUUUGGCUCAAGUCUUUUGUGAAGAGUCCGAGUUGUCCCCUUUACUGCAAAAAAUCACAGGCUGUGACUCUGCAAUUAACCUGACAUUUCCCAAAUCCAAAAUUGCCGUGGAUGAACUCUUCACUUCGCUUCGGGACGUCGCUGGGGCUCGGAGUCUCCUGAAGCAGUUUAAGUCUGUGUACGUUCCCGGAAACCAGACCCACCAGGCAUCCUACAAGCCAUUGCUGAAGCAGGUUGUGGAGGAGAUAUUUAAUCCCGAGAGGCCCGAUCCGGUCGAUAUUGAACACAUGUCCUCAGGCCUCACUGAUCUCCUUAAAACUGGAUUCAGCAUGUUCAUGAAGGUGAGCAGGCCUCAUCCCAGCGACCACCCCCUCCUGAUCCUCUUCGUGGUGGGCGGAGUCACAGUCUCUGAAGCCAAAAUGGUCAAAGACCUCGCGGCAUCCCUGAAGCCAGGAGCCCAGGUGAUCGUGCUGUCCACACGACUCCUGAAGCCACGUAGCAUGCCCGAGCUGCUGUUUGCAACUGACCGCCUGCACCCAGACCUCGGCUUCUGAGCAUCUACCGGAGAUGGCCCGCCCAGCUGCGAACAAGUCCCCACUCUGUCCAGCAACAUUCCACGGGGGCUCCAGAACCAGCAUCCCUGCUCCUGACUGUGUGUGAUUGAGCCCUGCACAGAGGGACUCGAUAACCAGGCAACCAGGACCUUCGCUUAGAUGGUUUCUACUAUUUAAAAAAGGAAAAAAGAAAAAAAAAAAAAAGAAAAAAGCCUCUUUUUAAAAAUUUUUCUAAGAUGUCAAGUUGCCUUUCAACUGGCCUAAUUAGUGAUCACUCCCACUCAUCCCUGACUCUCCCCGUGUGAUCUCCCUGAUCCCGCCUGCGAGUUCAUUCAUUCUAGACUCAAGCCUGUUGAUUUCAAGUCCUUUGGUUUGAACUUGCCCAGGGAGACAUUAGACAUGCUUUACGAUUAGGAGUGGAAGGAAAGUUUGGUUUUCCCUAAAAUUCUGUAACGCUGCAGCAAACAUGGCCAAUACACGCUGAAGCUUCGUUCCUCUCUUAAUCCGAAACAUUUCUGGAAAGGCGAGGCAGGGGAGGGAGCCUGUGUGUGUCGUAAAUGAUCCCGCCGUAACAAAGGGCGGAUUGUCCCGGCUCGCUCACUGGGCAUGGCUGCCAGGCUGCCUGGAACAGCGGUGGGAGAGGCUGGCCGGAGGCGGUCAUUGCCGGAGGCUUCCUCCCCUCUGAAGGAAAGCCCCAGGAGAAGAUUUCUGGGCCUAGGGAAUCUAGAUUGUAACCACGAUCCCCGUGUCCUUCAUCAUUUCCAGUUACUAUGGAAACAUAAGCUGUUCUAUAAGUUUAAAUUUUCCUUCUAGAAGAAUCUAGACCCUCCCCCAAUGAUAGAACUCUAGGGAAGGAAGUUCACAAACUGCUGGGAACCCACACGUGUGUGAGUGUGUGGUUGGUUGAAAUUCCUGGCACCUUCACACCAUGUUGGAAAUAAAGAUUAAAUGCUGAUAAACAGCCCCUACUGUGGAUUAAACAGGAAGCAAAUAAAAUGUCAACCCAAA